GCACAUUUGUUGUUUAGCCAGUUUGCAUAUUUUAAUUGUUAGGAUUAGUUCGGUUUUGCACAUAGUGUGAAUUUCUUAAGGGGCGACAUAUAAUAUCUUAGAGUGGUGAAUUAUUUAACAGAUAAUGGCUAUAGACGGCUUUGGUGUAUACGAUGUCCUGAAAUUUGUGAUAACUUUUAGUGCUGGAAUCUAUACCGGUGUCUACAUAAGCCAGAACUAUGACGUACCACGGGUAGACCAACCUUCAAAAUUUAUUGAAAGGAUCAAGGAAAUUGCCAAUGAUCACAAGAAAAAGUAAUUUUAUGGAGAAACCGUUUAUUUUAAGCAUUGUUAAGAAUAUGAAAUACAACUCAUUAACAUCAUGUGCUUUACAUUGAAUUUCUUGGCGAGAUUACUGAGAUUAUGAUUACUGUCAUUAAAGUCACGUCAAUGAGAAUAUAAUAUAGCCUAGUAUUUUCCAAACGAAAUAUGUGUUAUAGGCAGAGAUGAGAUAAAAUACUUUAAAAGACCCAAAAUGUGUAAAUUAUAGUCUAAUUUAAUUCAUAUAAUUCAUUUAUAAUUUAUAAAUGAAUUAAUAAAAUAUGAAAAUAAUUUCCACCUGAUCCGUCCAAAAUCAUAACAGUCAAUCAAAUGAAACCCUUACUAGACGGUUGGCAGUUGUGGAAAAAUUCAUUUCAUUUGCAAUAUUCAUUUUACACUUAACGAAUAAAUCACAACAAUAAAAAUAUUUUAAACUAA